AUGUUGAGAUAUAUUGGAAAAUCAAUUGCUUCAAAGCAAUCACUUUUGAAUCAAAGUACUUUGGUUAUGACAAAGAAUUCUUCUUUCUGUACUACUUCAAGUAUGUUAGAGAGUAAAAACACAUCAAAUUAUCAAAAUAUUUUAACAGAAAAGAGAGGUCGUGUUGCUAUUAUCACUUUAAAUAGACCAAAGGCAUUGAAUGCUCUUUCUGAUGGUUUGAUUGGUGAAAUCAACAUUGCAAUGAAACAAUUCCAAGAUGAUAAGGAUAUUGGUUCAAUCAUCAUUACUGGUAGUGAAAAGGCUUUUGCUGCUGGAGCUGAUAUUAAAGAGAUGGAGAAAAAGACAUUUGCAGAUGCAUACAAUGGAGAUAUGUUGGCUCAAUGGCACGAUCUUACAACCAUUAGAAAGCCAAUCAUUGCAGCUGUCAAUGGUUAUGCUCUUGGUGGUGGUUGUGAAUUGGCCAUGAUGUGUGAUAUCAUCAUUGCCGGUGACAAGGCUGUCUUUGGACAACCAGAAAUUAAAUUGGGUACCAUCCCAGGUUGUGGUGGCACUCAACGUCUCAUCCGUGCUAUUGGAAAAUCAAAGGCUAUGGAAUUAAUCUUGACUGGCAACAAUUUGAAUGCCGUCGAUGCUGAACGUGCUGGUCUCGUCAGCAGAGUCGUUCCAGCUGAAGAAUUGAUCAAUGAAGCGCUAAAGACUGCCGACAAAAUCGCUUCUUAUUCACAAGUUACUGUUUCCAUGUGCAAGGAAACCGUCAAUUCAGCAUAUGAAUUAAACUUGAGAGAAGGUAUCAAAUUUGAAAGAAGAAUUUUCCAUUCUACUUUUGCUACUCAUGAUCAAAAGGAAGGUAUGAAUGCAUUUGUUGAAAAGAGAUCACCAUCUUGGUUAAACAAAUAA